AUGGCAGAAGAAGCUUCAUCACAGAUGAAUGCACUCUCUAUCUCUGAUGAUAAACCAUCUGCAACCGCAACGAUCUCUGAUGAUAAACCAUCUGCAACCGCAACGAUCUCGCUCAUAUCUUCUGACAAAAUUGUUUUCAACAUCGAUCCUUCAGUCGCAAAGGAGAUGGAAACCGUUCAAUCCUUCAUAUCCGAAACCGACGGCGAAAUCACAACAAUUCCUCUUCUCAACAUUUCCAGCCACGAUCUUCCACACAUAAUUGAAUACUGUGAGAAAAGCAUCGCCGGACAGAUCACCAAGGAGUACGAAGGCGAGUUCGUGAAAAAGCUGAACAAUGAAGAGGUGAAAGAGCUUUUCCUUGCCGCGAAUUACUUGAAUACGAAGAAGCUUUUUGAUUUUCUCAGCCAGGUGAUUGCAGAUCGGAUACAGAACAAGAGCGUGGAGUAUGUGAGAAAGUAUUUUGGGAUUGAGAGUGAUUUUACGCCGGAGGAAGAGGCUGAGCUUCGUGAGAAACUUGCAUGGACUUUUACUGGAGUGGAUCCUGAUGAAGAUGAGGAUUGA